UGACGGUACUGUGUACCAGGCUUCUGUGAUUCAGAGUAGCCCUUGGCGUCACGUCGUGUAGUGUGCUCGGAAGAAGGGUAGUGGGUGCUACGCAAUGGCAGAUCAGCUAACAGAGGAACAGAUUGCAGAGUUCAAAGAGGCUUUCUCCCUCUUUGAUAAAGAUGGUGAUGGGACAAUCACCACAAAAGAACUCGGUACUGUGAUGCGCUCACUUGGUCAAAAUCCAACAGAAGCAGAAUUACAAGACAUGAUAAAUGAAGUUGAUGCAGAUGGAAAUGGUACUAUUGACUUCCCUGAAUUCCUCACUAUGAUGGCAAGAAAAAUGAAAGACACAGACAGUGAAGAGGAGAUAAGAGAAGCCUUCCGUGUAUUUGAUAAGGAUGGUAAUGGUUUUAUUAGUGCUGCAGAGCUAAGGCACGUUAUGACAAAUUUGGGUGAAAAGCUGACUGAUGAAGAAGUUGAUGAAAUGAUAAGGGAAGCUGAUAUUGAUGGUGAUGGACAAGUUAAUUAUGAAGAAUUCGUCACAAUGAUGACAUCAAAAUGAAGUGACAGUUCAAAGUUGACAGUGGUGGAGAAGAAUGCUGAAACCAAGAAUUAAUGAACCUGCAUUUCUGCUUUCCAUUUAACACUUCUUGACAACACUUCUUGACAAGAGUAACUAAAGUGGAAAGAAGCUUGAAUCAGUUCAAUGUAUCUAAGUGGUUGUAUAAAAGAAUUAAUGAAUGAAAAUUUUUGUGUAGUUUUCUUUCAUGUAAUGUUUUAUCCCCAAUGUGCAGUUUGCAGUUUUAUUGAUCAUAUAUUCAAAAUUGUGUGUGCAUUUCAACUGGAUUCAUGCUGUGUAGUUCUUAAGUACUUAAUGCUACUUACAGAAACUCACCUAUUUGUCUUUCCUAUAAAGGUAACAACAGUGUUACAGAAAUCCUUUCAUGAAUGUUGGUCAUUUGUGUAUAUUUUUAAGUACUUUUCUAAACCCAGUGCUGCAGAAAAAAGUGCUGUGGUGAAGGGGUGGUUGUUCCAGCCUCUGACAUUCCUUCAGUAGCUUGUACAGUGUUUUUUGUGAUAUGUCCUACACUUCUGAAAUGUAAUAUGGAGUCAAUGAUAUCAGUGUAAUGGGCAGUUUCUCGCUUCACUGAACUUCCUUCACAGCAUCACUGCCUACUUCUGCUGCACUGAAUGUAAAAGACAAAAUUGAUCUGUUCCUUCAUGUGAGGUAUUGUCUGACAGUUUUCAUUCCUUUCCCAGUCUGAGAUUUUUCGUAUUGUUAGUAUAAACAAUGAGUAUGUGUUAAAUCUUUAAAACUAGAAUACAUAUUUGUAAAUUGUCUUCAAUAAAGAAUUUCAUUUAUUGUGUAUCAUGUAAAACUGUUAAUAGUUAAUAUAUCUUGAUUGGAUUCUUAACCUUCAUUCCUAGCUAUCUUGCAAAUUAGUUUGGAAAAAUGUCGGAAUACAACAUGCUUGGCAGGCAGAACCUAGAUUCCUUCUGUCCUAUCUCAGAGCUAAAAGUGCAAUGCGUUGUAGAGAAGUUGUACAAUAAACUAUUACUUUUUGGCUGUGAA